GGGAAAGGUUGACAAGCGGCAUAGUAACACUUUUCACAGAUAAGAGGCUACAAUUCAUGGUUGAUAUGAGAGCGGAUCAUUGUGUGUUCGGUUCAUAAAUAUUAAUUCGUCAUGCCUGGCAAGACUUCUCCAAAACGAGACGCUCUGACCGAGAUUAAAUCAAAACAGAAUGGAGUAAAGGCUAGGCAAGGGAGUGGAAAACAGUCCAGAGAGACAGACCAGAAAGGUCCAUAUGUUAUAGAGGUACAAGGUCUGUUUAUGGAAGAGACCAGUCAACGUUACCAUGUUAACAAGAUGGGCAACUUAAUGAGUCAAGAGGUGGACUUGAGGGAUAAUGAGGGACAGGGUGACCCACUUACAGAGGCAAAGACGGCACAAACAAAACAUAAAAAUGAUAGAGACGAGGACGGAGAAAUCCAAGAUGUCGGAAAUGGUGCUACUAAUGAUGUACAAGAACAGAGUGGGUCAGGAAAGGUUGAUACGUUUGUUGAAGUUGAUAUAGGCGAUGGGAAUGUAGAAAACAAUAACAGGGGCAAGAGGAAAAGUGAAAAGGAUGAGGUUGAGAUAAAACCUGAUGGUUCAUAUGAGCUUGAUCAUCGCAAAGAUGACACUAUUGAGGUCCUUGAUGCUGGUAAAGACGAUGUUGAUGCAGCCAGUACUUAUUCCCUCUUUAUGGCACAGAAGGAUUUCAGAUACUAUUUCCAACACCCAUACAGUCGCCUAAUAAUUGCCUACCUUGUUGUUUUUUGUAAUUUUUUCAUCUACGCUGAGGACCCUGUUGCCCACAGUCGUAAAGAGUGCUAUAUUCCAAUGAUUGGAAAUGAUGUUGCCUUCAUUCUCACCCGAUACCCGCCCAACGCCUGGAGUCUUCUAAAGGUUGUCUUCUGGCUCAUUGGUCUCGUCAUUGGCCUAUUCGUGGGGAAGCUGCUAAUACAUGGUCGCUUAUUUAACAAGAUAUUUCGUCUGAAGAUGUUCAGUGAUGACCAGGGUUCGUGGAUGGUCAUGUUCCUCAUCUCGCUUAUCAGCAUCUUUAUCAUGUCCCUCUUCUACAACCUCUUCCUAAUGAUCGGAGGGGACAACACACUUGAUUACCGCAUCUCAGACUUGAUGGGAAUCUCCAAUGAUUUCUUCAUGAAGGUUGCAGCUUGUGGUACAUGGUGUGGAGAUUUCUUCACUGCAUGGAUGGUUACAGACAUCAUGCUUCAAGAGAAGCUCUACCCUGGCUGGGCACGACCUGUUAGGAAGUGGUGGAGGGCCGGUUUUCACCGAAUCAUCCUGUUCUGGAUCAUUGUUGUUAUAACAUCCUUUAUCGUCAUCUUUGUCAUUGCCACAGAUUACAUUCAGUGGGACUUGCUAAAUCGAGACUUCAUGCCAACUAAUGAAGUCGCUCGUGCUUUCCUGGCCUCCUUUAUUUUGGUCAUGGAUCUACUCAUUGUCAUGCAGGACUGGGAUUUCCCCCACUUUAUUAGCCCUAUUGACAUUAAGCUACCAGGACUGAAUACAGCCCACAUCCGCUUCCAGAUCCCAAAGUUCCUCAAACGAGAGCACUGGAAUGUCCACAUCACUGGUAAAUGGUUCAACUAUGGUAUUUUGUUCAUUGUGAUGCUGCUGGAUCUCAACAUGUGGAAGAACCAGAUAUUCUUCUCCCCGUACGACUACGGCCAAUAUACCAACAACGAGGGGCGAAUAUACACCGUACAAGAUGAUUACAGUCUCAACACAUUUAACGAGUCACAGAUAACAUUCGAGUACCGAAGCACGAAUAUCAACCCCGAAACUAAUAAAACAUAUGUGGAAACAGAUACACAUAUGAAUACCAAAUACCUUUACACUGCUUUGGGUCUUAAAUGUUUAGCAUUUAUACCUAGCGUUGUAGCCUUUAUAGUGUUCGGAAUUCUCAUUUGGCAAUUUGGUAGAUUUAAGCCCACGGAAAAUAAUCCAUAUGCAGGCAGGCUAAAAAAGAGAAUAAAGAAGAAGCGAUUCUCAUUUAGGUUAUCUUGGAAACGCAGAGUGGAAAUUAAGCGGAAAAUUAAAGCGGUGCCAAAGCUUUUAUAUUUUAAGAGUAAAGGUGCGAGUGGGAAAAGAACAGCCGCAGAACAGGAAGUACCCACAGAAGCAUUUACAGAUAACAAUAUUGAGAUCGCAGUUGAAGAUAAGGAUGUUGAACCAUAAACGAUAUGGAAAUAUUGAACAUGACUGUGUUCUGUAGUUUUGAUGAAAUGGAAGUGAAAAUGUUUCAACUGCAUGAUUUUGAUAUGGAUCAAGGGCUUAGUGCUCGACAGACAUCACUCGCUAAAACAUGUGAGGGAAUGACUUCUGCUGCAGCUGUGACCUUGUUUUGCAACUGUUGUUAAGAACAGACGGUGUGAAUUUUAAAACACCAUCUUCUUCAGAUAUUUUAAAAAAAUGUUUGAAAUGUAUAUUCUAAUUCUGAAAUUAUCAUUGUUAUUUAUUAUUGUAUCAGGUAUGUAUUAAUGGAUCAUCACUUGCAGGGCUGUAUACCUGCAUUAUUACUUGCAGGUCUGUUUACAUGUAUCAUUACUUGCAGGUUUGUAUACAUGUAUCAUUACUUGCAGGUCUGUAUACAUGUAUCAUUACUUGCAGGUCUGUAUACCUGUAUUAUUACUUGCAGGUCUGUAUACCUGUAUUAUUACUUGC